GGCUGGUGCGCUUUCCGGCGUUAUUGCGACGGGUCGCAGCUGUCAUGGCGGAGAAUGUCUGGAACACUGACACCGGAGAAGCUGUGUAUCGCUCCAGGGACCCCGUGCGCAACUUGCGCCUCCGAGUUCAUCUGCAAAGAAUCACAUCAAGCAACUUUCUUCGUUACCAGCCUGUUGCCCAGCCGGGGAAGGACCUUAUAGAUUUGGCCACUUUUACGCCUCACCCAACUGCCAGUGGACACCGCCCAGAUGAAGAGGAAGAGGAAGAGGUCGAGAUUGGGUGGCAGGAGAAGCUCUUUAGCCAAUUUGAAGUGGAUCUGUACCAAAAUGAAGCAGCCUGUCAGAGUCCUUUGGAUUAUCAGUACCGCCAAGAAAUCUUGAAGCUGGAGAGGUCUGGUGGCAGGAAGAAUCGACGAAUCUUUACCUACACUGACUCUGACAGAUACACCAACUUGGAGGAGCACUGUCAGAAAAUGACCACCGCAGCCAAUGAGGUGCCAUCAUUUUUGGUCGAGCGAACGGCAAAUGUUAGGCGGCGACGGCAGGACAGGCGAGGAAUGGAGGGUGGCAUCCUCAAGUCACGCAUUGUCACCUGGGAACCUUCAGAAGAGUUCAUCAGGAGCAACCAUGUCAUUAACACGCCUCUUCAGACAAUGUACAUCAUGGCCGACUUGGGGCCCUAUGGAAAGCUUGGCUAUAAGACAUAUGAACAUGUGCUCUGUAUUCUGAAGGUGGACAGCAAUGGUGUGAUCACAGUAAAACCUGACUUCUCUGGCCUCAAAGGACCCUACAGAGUUGAGACCGAGGGCGAGAAGCAGGAACUGUGGAAGUAUACGAUUGACAAUGUGUCCUCCCUCACACAGCCGGAAGAGGAGGAGCGGGAACAGCGCAUGUUCAAGGAUCUUUAUGGCCGACACAAGGAGUAUCUUAGCAGCCUCGUGGGCACAGACUUUGAGAUGACGGCCACAGGUGCCCUCCGGCUCUUUGUAAAUGGAGAGGUAGUUUCAGCCCAAGGCUACGAGUAUGACAAUCUCUACGUCCAUUUCUUUGUGGAAUUGCCAGCUGCUAAAUGGUCAAGCCCAGAAUUCCAUCAGCUCUCAGGAGUAACCCAGACCUGUGCCACAAAGUCCCUGGGAAUGGACAACAUAGCUUACUUCUCCUACCCAUUCACAUUUGAAGCAUUCUUUCUCCAUGAGGACGAAUCAGCUGAUGCUCUCCUGGAGUGGCCUGUGCUGUACUGUGAGGUCCGCUCCCUGGACUUCUGGCAGAGGUACCGUGUAGAAGGCUACGGGGCCGUGGUGCUGCCUGUCACCCCAGGUUCACACACCCUGACAGUGUCCACAUGGAGGCCCAUGGAGCUCGGUCCCAUUGCUGAGAUGAGGAGGUUCUUCAUCGGCAGCUCUCUGGAGCUGGAGGACCUGACCUAUGUGCGGAUACCAGGAACCUUCAAGCUGCAGCUAGAUGACAUGGCCACAUUUGAACCAGGAUCAGAUAAUCACACGGGUAUCCUAGGAGGGGGAGCGUCUCAGCCGCUUUGGACUCCGCACAGAGACCACAGGCAGUGUCACUUUCCGCCUGCACUGUCUGCAGCAGUCCAGGGCCUUCAUGGAAUCGAGCUCCCUGCGGAAAAGGAUGCGGAGUGUGUUGGACCGUUUGGAAGGAUUCAGCCAGCGGAGUUCCAUUCACAAUGUGCUAGAGGCCUUUCAUCGAGCCCGGCGCCGCAUGCAGGAGGCCCGAGACCGCCUCCCCCAGGACCUAGGGAGCCCCUCGGGGACCUUGGUCUCCUAGCUCUCUUUGGCCCUGGCCUGUGGUAUAAGAGGACAAGAAGAGGGAUGUCAGGCCUGCGCCCUCCUGACUCUUCAUCUUCCUGGACACCGCAGUGGUCAGCCAAGGACCAGAAGUGCUGGAAAAUCCCAGGCUGGCCCCUCUGCUGGACUCUCGGCAGGGUCUUCUUCCUGCCAUGUGAGAAUAAAGCCAGAGACCCUAUUGUCCCACCUCGCCCCUCUUCCUAUUUCACCUGCUGUAAAUGGGCGGUACUGCAGGGCAGGACUUUUGGUCUGAAACUACUUUCACGGGUGAGCCCCUAAUUAGUCUGUCCGUGACACAGCCUCUCUUCAGGCUUGUCUCAGUCUCAGUUGCAGGGAGCUGCCCAUUUCACAGCCUUUAAAAAUGGAGCCUGCCUUCUUCCAAGAAAGGAGGAGCAUGAGAGAUCUAAAACACUGGCAGGUCCCAGUCCUUUUUGCUAGCUGGACAGUAUCUUUUUCUGUGUUUUUUGCACAUAAAUCUAUUUAUAUAUUGA